CAUAUAUUGCGAAACCCUCGCCCAGCACCUCUCCCGGUCUUUUCGCUCUCAACCCCCCAUUUCUCCCAGAAACAUCGCCUUCGCGAACGAGGCAACCUCCGGAUCGCGGCUUACAGACCACAUAAACUCCCAUCUUUCUCAUCCUUCCCGCUCCGCUCCUACCAGAAACCAGAAACCAUUGAGGAAGCCGAAAUCUGCGAAAUCCAGAUUUAUCAAAGUGGCGGAUUUAUUUUGCCCAAACUGACCGCCGUUUCCUGCCAGCCUAGAUCUUUUCGUGCUCACUGAUUGUGAUUUUUGAUUGAGGAUGGGUCUGGUGAAAGCUUUUGCUGAUAUGGAGGAAGGAACUUUAGAAGUUGGCAUGGAGUAUAGGACAGUGUCUGGCGUUGCAGGACCUCUGGUUAUCCUGGACAAAGUUAAGGGUCCAAAGUAUCAAGAGAUUGUUAAUAUUAGAUUGGGAGAUGGAACAACUCGGCGUGGCCAGGUCUUGGAAGUUGAUGGGGAGAAAGCUGUUGUACAGGUUUUUGAAGGGACUUCCGGUAUUGACAACAAGUAUACUACCGUACAAUUUACAGGGGAGGUUCUCAAAACUCCUGUGUCAUUGGAUAUGCUUGGCCGUAUUUUCAACGGCUCUGGUAAGCCAAUUGAUAACGGUCCUCCAAUAUUGCCCGAAGCUUACUUGGAUAUUUCUGGAAGCUCUAUUAAUCCCAGUGAGAGGACCUAUCCGGAGGAGAUGAUCCAAACUGGAAUAUCCACCAUUGAUGUCAUGAAUUCCAUUGCCAGAGGUCAGAAAAUUCCUCUUUUUUCUGCUGCUGGGCUUCCACACAAUGAAAUUGCGGCCCAGAUUUGUCGGCAGGCUGGUCUUGUGAAGCGGUUGGAGAAAUCUGAUAAUCUACUUGAGGAUGGAGAAGAGGACAAUUUCGCAAUCGUGUUCGCAGCAAUGGGCGUCAACAUGGAAACAGCGCAGUUUUUCAAGCGUGAUUUCGAAGAAAAUGGUUCGAUGGAGAGGGUGACACUUUUUCUAAAUCUGGCAAAUGAUCCCACAAUUGAACGAAUUAUUACACCUCGCAUCGCUCUCACCACUGCGGAAUAUCUUGCUUACGAAUGUGGGAAACAUGUUCUUGUUAUCUUGACUGAUAUGAGCUCUUAUGCUGAUGCACUUCGUGAGGUUUCGGCCGCUCGUGAGGAGGUUCCGGGUAGACGUGGUUAUCCUGGGUACAUGUAUACUGAUCUAGCAACAAUAUAUGAGCGAGCUGGACGUAUAGAGGGAAGAAAAGGCUCCAUUACUCAGAUCCCUAUUCUAACCAUGCCAAACGAUGAUAUCACGCAUCCCACGCCAGACCUUACUGGAUACAUCACUGAGGGCCAAAUAUACAUUGAUAGACAACUCUACAAUAGACAGAUUUAUCCACCCAUCAACGUUCUUCCAUCUCUCUCUCGGUUGAUGAAGAGUGCUAUUGGGGAGGGCAUGACCCGCCGCGAUCAUGCUGACGUGUCAAACCAGCUGUAUGCUAAUUAUGCUAUUGGGAAGGACGUUCAAGCUAUGAAAGCUGUUGUAGGAGAAGAAGCUCUUUCAUCCGAGGAUUUGCUCUACCUUGAGUUCUUGGACAAGUUUGAGAGGAAGUUUGUGUCCCAAGGGGCUUAUGACACUCGCAACGUCUUCCAGUCACUGGACCUCGCUUGGACUCUUCUGCGCAUUUUCCCCCGAGAGCUUCUUCACCGCAUCCCUGCGAAGACUUUGGACCAAUACUACAGCAGAGAAUCAUCCCACUGAGGCCCCCAAACAUUGUUUAAUUAAUAAUAAUAUUAUUAUUAUGAAUCAUAAAUAAGUAAAAUAACUCAUGUUGCUGUUCUUCAAACCUUUGACACAGCCAGUUAUUUUACCCUUUCAAGCUGUUGAGUUCUAUUAUUAUUGUUUUUUGUUAGGCUA